UUGUGAAUUACAGAUUCCCUGACUGGGGAUCAUGACCACUAUCAAUAGUAUUUUCACUAAUGUGAUUAAGUUAAUACUGUGCUCUAUGAGAGGAUUAUUUCUCAAUUCCUCUUGAUAUGCGUAAUAUUUAGGUUGUGGUUGAGUAAAUAUUUUGGUUCUUCACCAAAAUAAUUCCCACUGAGACAAAGACACGAAAGUCUGCCCUAAGGAGCAAUAAAGACUGUAUAAUUAGAAUGAUUAAAGAACUGCACAACUAAUUUGGCACUUAUUGAAUAUAUUUUGAGAACACAACGUUCAAAAUAGGUCACAUAUUUAAACCACAAAAAAAAACACCAACUUUAUUCACAUUAAUUAUGCAUUUAUUCAGACCUUGUGUGUGACUCAUUUGAAGUGAUGCUGAAGUCGGCAUUGUCUCCUUACCAAUCCGAUCAUUAUAUUGCCCUGCGCUUAAGCAUAUUUUCUACGUAUUGUGGGAGCUGUAAAGAAACCUCAUUAGACAAAAUGACUUCUAAUCUAAAUGCAAUCAUCUUUAAAUAGUAAUCAAUUGGAUCCCUUACAAGGCUAAACUGUUUGUCAUUAGCACUUUAUCAAAGGCUCACUUAAGAUAAGAUUCUGCAGCUAAUGGCGUGUGAUAGUGACAAAUUGACUUUCAAUACUCUCGGCAUCACGCAGGGAACCCUGUCAUCCCUCGUUGUGUGUGUGUAACAUGUUUGCUUUGCUUGGAAAUGUGGUCGCAAUUUUUUAGAUUUUGUUGCUUUGUUUAAAAUAGCUGUGAUGUGCAUAGGUGUGGAUUUCAGGGGACACAAUAUUUAGAACAUUUGUCUCAGCAGUAGAGGACUUUUAUUUUGACAAAAUAAAGAUUGAAAUGGUGCAUAAAAUUCACCAGAAUGCAGGCAAUCAAGUGUUUGAUGCUCCAAAUUUUCUGGCGUAGGACCCCCAAAUUCCCCGUUUCAUGUAUGCCCCCCCCAAUAUUGAAAUGAAACCUACGCCCUUGGUGAUAUGCACACCUUUGUCUUAAUCUCCUGCAAUUUAUCUCAGCGAAUGAUUAAUAAAAAUAGGCCUCCUGAUGAAAACACUUAACUGAAAAUACACAGUAAUUAUGUCUGAAACAAUAUCACGUCUCUCCCUCCUCAGAGCUUCAGUAAUAUCAUGCUUUAAAUGGGUUUUUAGCAAAACUAAUGGAAUAUUUUGGCCCAGAUUUGUGCUGUUUAUCUGCAGCGUAAAUCCUUAAUCUGAAAAUCAGCUGUAAAAAGUGGAGCAAUUGGCGUGCUCGUAAUAAAAAAAAAAAAAAAACCCUCAGAUGAAAAUGAGAUGACUACCUUCUUUCCCUGUGAGCUUGCAUUUGCUUCUUGUCUUGGCCCCGGCCUGCAUGGGAGCAGCUGAAAAGGAAGGGGGAAGAUCCAGGCAGAGCUGUGAUCAGACAAGCAGAAAGAAACCACAUCAGGUACACAAUCAGGACCCCUCCCUCUCCCUUUCUUCAAAACCUCCCCGAUAAUGAGCAAACUUUCAUGUGGCUGUAAAUACUCUCGACUCUGUGGGGUUUUGAAGUGGCAAACACAAGAUGUUGUUGUUUACCCUGCUUGGCUUUUUUUUCUCUUACCAGUCAAAGGAAAGCCAUCUGAUAGCAAGAGGUCAACUUGUGUUCCCUUGAAAUCAAUUUAUUUAAAGACUUGAUUCCCCUCCCUUCACCUCCAAUGGUGCCACUUUGGGAGAAUAACAGUAAACACUUUGAAUAAGAAAAAAAAGAAGCUAUACAUCUUACAAUUAUCUUUAUAGAUGAGGACUUUUUUUAUGCAAACUGGGAUUAUCCGGGGAUCCUCAUCAACUCUCUCUAUAAUUUGUUGUUGCUUUCUCCUCAGAGUUAGAGGAGUGUUGAGCAGAAUAAACUGUUUGGUGCUAUCAUGAAGAUUCCUGCACCUCCAGGGGCUCCUAUUUCAGAGUGAUGGCUUUAGCACUUUAGAGUGAACUGUGUGCGAUCUCUCCGGGUAGGAAUAUGUCCCCAUGGGCUUGUUGUUGCUGCUGUCUGCCUUCUAUUUGCAUGAUAUUUUUCUAUUCAGUCUUAUCAUCAGUGUGCUGUGAGGUGGGAGUGCUGGCUCCGUCUCAGAGGCUGGACCCGGGCUUUAUCGGCAGGCGUAUCACUGGUGGAUGCCACCAUGAAGCAGAAAACAUAAGUUGAGCACUCAUAAGGACGCUGCCACUUGUACUUUGCUGAAGAUAUUCAUCGGUGGGAUGAAGAAUUAAAGUCUUAUAGAGUUUGUGCCAACAUGUCUAAACCAAUGGAUCACGUCAAACGCCCGAUGAAUGCUUUCAUGGUUUGGUCCAGAGCCCAGCGCAGAAAAAUGGCUCAGGAGAACCCGAAAAUGCACAACUCCGAGAUCAGCAAGAGAUUAGGAGCGGAGUGGAAACUUCUCACCGAGUCUGAGAAGAGGCCAUUCAUCGAUGAAGCCAAACGACUGCGAGCGAUGCACAUGAAGGAACACCCAGACUAUAAAUACAGACCGAGGCGGAAGCCCAAGACUCUGAUGAAGAAAGAUAAGUUUUCUUUCCCUGUGCCAUACAAUCUCGGGGAGCACGACGCGCUCAAAGUUAACGGGCUUUCCGCUGGAGCACUUUCCGAGUCCAUCAUUGGGAACCCUGAUAAGGCUGCAGCGGCUGCGGCGGCCGCAGCGGCGAGGGUAUUCUUCAACCCGUCCAUGUCUGCGAACCCCUAUUCUUUUUUCGACCUGGGAUCCAAGAUGACUGAGCUUUCCCCACCUUCGUUUCCGUACGCGUCUCCGUUGGGCUACCCGCCGGGAGGCGCCACGGCGUUCACCGGGACUGGCAGUGUCACUGGCGGGACGCACACCCACACUCACUCACAUCCGUCCCCGGGAAACCCAGGCUACAUGAUCCCUUGUAACUGUACGGGCUGGCCCUCAGCAGGACUCCAGCCGCCCUUAGCAUACAUCCUCCUCCCCGGGAUGGGAAAACCUCAACUUGAACCGUACCCUGCAUACGCUGCAGCGUUAUGAUAAGGCCCGCUUUGGACUCCUGAGCAACACACAAACUGUGAAAACAAAAAACAAACAAACAAGAAAAAAAAGCUAUUCAUGCAAGAGUUUUAUUAUGCAUGCACAAACUUGUACAUGUGAUGAAGUGCUCGUCGUCUCAGAUAUCACAUGUGUAUGUAUAUUGAUAAAUGCCUUUAUCUAAGGUAAUGCUUAUUUAGAGAACUCUCUAAUCUAUUAUUACCCAGCCAUCACCUCUCACAGCCCAGAGGCAGAAGGACUACAGGAUGGCAGAGAUGCACACAUGAGAGGAAAAGGGUAUCAAUUUGUGAAGAAAAAAAAAAACAUUUUGAAAAGGUAUUUCUAUCUUUUGCAAGUUGCACCUGCUUUGACUAUAACCUGUUGGAAUCAAGGGCAGCACAUUAAUCACAGGAUCUCCUCUCUGAUCACUUGUUGUAGGCUAAAUGGGUUGUAAUUCACGGAUCAAGAAGGAUCUCUCAACAUUUCUCCCCCUUCUCUCUCUCUCUCUCUCUCUCUCUCUCUCUCUUGAAUGACUGUAAAUGUGUACAGAUACAAAUGACUCUAGUUUAUUUGCCGUUAUAGGCUUAGUGUUUGAGAUAGGGCCAGGAUCCUACAGGACGCAUUUUCACUAAGAGAUGCGGUGUAUAUUUUGAGUUUUUAAACCGUUUUAUAGAUGUCUGUAAUAUUUAUUGUUUAGUGGAAUCUAUGGUGACCCCCAGACAAUUUUAAAAAGGACACGACUAGUUCUGUGAUAUUUGCACAUGAAACGUAGAGGAUGUAAUUUAUUUUCAAGGUGGUUUGAUUCAUCAAACCUGUUUCUUCCUCCUCUCCAAACAGUUAAAAAAAAAAAAAAAAAAAAAAAAAAUUAAACGCAAGUGGAAGUUUAUUCAAGGAGUUCCCUGAUCCCUCACCCUCCCACUCCUCGUAUCAUGUGCAGCAGAAAAAAAAACCUUUUUAACUAACUCUUAUGGAAUUUGUAUGUUUUGUGUUUUCUUUAACCUCCGUUAUGUACUUCAACCUAUUGCUACUGUUCAACUUGUUGAGCGAAAAAGGACUACAAUAAAGCGUAUUCGGAUUAAACGGAAGGGGAAUCGCGGGCUGUAGUUCUUGAUGAGAUGAACAAGAUUGUUAUCUUUUCCUUUUUCCUGCUCCUGCUCCUCAGUCCAGGUGAAGUGUAAGGUAUCCUCCAAAGGCCGCUUUUGUCCGCGCUUUCAAUGGCAUUACUGAGGGGGGGAAUCUAAAUCAGCCCAUUGUAAUCAAGAGCCAAAACCUUAUUUAUCACAAUUUUAAUCGUGAAUAGGAGGGAAGAUAAAACUGUGUGCUACUCUGAGCUUUCUUUUCCCAUGCAGGAACACACACAAAAAAAGGGACACACAGAAAGAGAGGGGUGCUUUUAAGCUGCAGAACAAGCUCGUCUUUGAGGCUUUAAAACAACCUGAGCUGAGUGUGUGUGUGUGUGAGUGUGUGUGAGUGUGUGUGCAGGACUGAACAGAAAAACACAUUUAAUAUGAAUUAAAAGGGACACGCUCUUUAUAAAAAGCAUGCAUGAUCACCUACCCUAAGGAGUGCAUGCUCUCACGUGCAGGUGUGUGUGUGUGUGUGUUUCAAUUCACAUUUAAAAACGUGCAGUGUAUGUUGUUUAAGCAAACUGCCCCUCCUAGGUUACACCGAGAGAUUAAUUCAUAAGGAUCAGAGCGAUUAUGCAAAACUAAUUUGGACAGUCCAGGGAUAAUUAUCUCCGUCACGGUUAAUUAAACCCUUUCAACACUAUGUUCUCCAUUGUGACACCCCGAUCACUUCUCUCCACGGAACUUCCUUCUUGGCCCCGAAAAUAACGCGCAAGUGACCUUGUGUUUCAGUUAGUGGUUGUGGGGGCAAGGAAAAAUUUAAAAGAGGCUUUGAGGCCUAUACAUUUUUAUUUCAUAUUAAAAUGUACAUGAUUGUUGUUAUUUUUGUUUUUCCACCAAAUUAAACUGAUA